ACUAGAGACGUGGUACCGGGGCGAGGGAAGGGUGAGCAUGUUUGUAGAUCUUGCCCAUAGGGGACCAGUCGUCCCGAGUUGUAAUAGGAAAUUAGUGUAGGGGUGAGUUUUUUGUGUGAAUCCCGCUGGCUAUAAAGGAGGAUGUGAAACAAGGAAGUCUAUCGAUUGAAAUUUGAGACAAAGAAAGGCAAAGGUAACGGGUGACUCCUCGCGUCUUCGAGGAGCGUGCGACCUCACCGCCGCCGUCCAUGCCCCCACCCUGCCCUUGCCCCCUAGCUUACACCAUAUGUGUCUAGCGGCUUCUGCUGCUUUGUCGCGCCACCCGCCUCCUCCCCCAACCUCUCGACCACUCCAUCCCCAAUCAUCUGCAUCGUGACGUCGGCGCCCUCAAUGUCGCACAACUGUCAUCUGCCACCGUACUGGUAGACGACGACCCCUCCGCCCUUCCCGACUCUCCGGCUUGUUGUCUCGUCCGUCCGUCACCUCUGUAUCACGGCCGCCGUCGCGAAUCCCUCUUCUAGCGCCGCCGGAUGCCGUCGUCAUCGUCUUCGGUGCCGCCCAGGCCGGAGAAUGUCCAGGACGUCACGGCUGAUGCGAUCAACGGAUUCCCUGUGCUCAAUUCUGGCAGCGGCGCCGGAGGCCAUGGGCAUGGGCACGCGACUGCCGGAACGUAUGUGCGGCCCUCCCUGGCCGCCCCAUUGCCUUCGCCGACGGCGCGCGCCAUCGCCGGCUACGGCUACGGCUACGCAGCCAACACCGGCUUCAACGCCGCGAACGCAAUGGCGGCACGUUCUCCCGGUCCCGGUGGAGAACCAGGGACAAACUCGCUGGAGCUGCUCAUGCACUUGGCCGGAUGGAAUAACCACCCGCCAUGGGCACAGAGCUAUGCGGGCAUGUCCCCGCGGGGCCAGCCGCUAGUCCUCUCUCCCUCCGCCACGUCCCCCGGGUGGGCACCGUCGUCGUUCGCCCCCGGGGCUCUGGCGGGAACAAGUGGCGGCAGCAGCAGCAGUUUUGGCGGCCGUGGCGCUGUCGCCGUCCAAAGCGGCGCCGUGGCCCGUAGGUACGAUCUCGGUCCCGGCAGUUGGAGCGCGGGCCGCGGCAAACCACCAAACGUGAGUCAGCUACAGAUUACUGCGGCCGCAACCGCCGCCACCGGAUCAUGCUCAACCAGCAAGACGAAGUCGUCGCCACUUGGAGGCGGCAACACAGAACAAGAACGCCUGACCCCCGUGCUUGCAAUGCCGACUACCCAGGGGAAGGUUGCCGCGGCGAGGAUUGGCCGCGUCAGGAAGCGCGCGCCCAAGAAUGGCAUCAUCGACAGCAGUGCGGCGCCGUCCAGGAACCUGAGGCACAGGGCCGCCAACAAGCAGCGAACGGCCAAAGACGCAGCCGCCGGCGUUGACGAGAGCCCCGCCGCCAACGCCAGGCGCGUCGACAACCAGCCUGCUGGCGGCCCGGCAAAAUCCGCCGCAAGCGCGGACGCGCGAAACAACGAUAUUCAGAUCGUCCCUUCUCCGCCGCCGGCACGCAAUGGCAGGAAGAGGAAGCAGAACGCUUCCGCUGCGUCAUCGAGAUGCAGCAGCCUGGCCACCAGGAGGAGCGGCACGGACGCGGUGGCGCCAGCGACGAAGAAGCACACCAUCCUGACGUGGCUCAUCGACGGCGGCUUCGUGUCCGACGGAGAGACGGUGUUGUAUGUUCCAGGAGGGGACGGCGGCGCGGGCGCGGAGAAGGUGGUGUCGGGCGCGGUGACCCGGGCCGGCGUCCACUGCAGCUGCUGCGACGGCGUGGUGCCGCUGCCGGUGUUCGAGGCCCACGCCGGGGCGCGGCGGCGCGACCCGGGCCCCGGGCAGCGGCAGCCGUGGGAGAAGCUCCUGCUCGUGUCCGGCAACUCCCUCCUGCGGUGCAUGCAGGAGGCGUGGGAGAUGGAGAAAGUGAGGACCUUCCAUGCGCAGGCCAAGGUGAGGGCCGCGCUGGAGCAGGAGGAGGACAAGUGCUCGCAGGCCAAGAGGAGGCUCCUCGCCAAGCAUCUGAAGAAGGGGGUGGUCGUCGAGAGGAUCAUGUCUCCUAGGAUGGAGAAGAUAAAGGCAGGCGAGAAGGACUCCAGCGACGACGCCUGCGGCGUCUGCGCCGACGGCGGGGAGCUCCUCUGCUGCGACUCCUGCACCUCCACCUUCCACCCGGAGUGCCUCGCCAUCAAGGUACCAGAGGGCUCGUGGUCGUGCCACUACUGCCGGUGCGUGCUGUGCAUGUCAAACGAUGACCUGCAGGGCCUGUCCACAUGCCAGCAGUGUGCUCGCAAGUACCACGAGAGCUGCCGUCCAUUGCCGGGGAACGGGUGCGACAUCGGCACGUACUGUGGCGAGACCUGCAAGAAGCUCUUUUCUCAGUUAGCACAAGUGACAGGCGUGACGAACCCUACCGGGGAUGGUUUUUGGUGGGCGCUCUUGAGGAUUCAGAAAGAUGAACCGGCCAGCUCCGAGGAAAUGCCUGCCGUUCUCGAGCGCAACGUGAAGCUUGCGGUGGCGCUGGGCGUGUUCAACGAGUGCUUCAACCCGGUGAAGGAUCGGCGCACCAAGAUCGAUAUGCUCCACCAAGCUGUGUAUAGCCUUGGGUCUCAAUUUAAGCGGCUAAGCUACGAAGGGUUCUACACCAUGGUUCUGGAGAAGGAUGGAGAGAUCGUUUCAGCAGCCCUGCUGAGGAUCCAUGGCACACAAGUCGCGGAGAUGCCUUUCGCAGGCACGCUGCCAGCUUACCGGAAACAAGGAAUGAUGCGUCGCCUGGUCAGUGCUGUGGAGCAGGUGCUGGCGUCAGUGCAAGUGGAGAAGCUGGUGAUACCUGCCAUAGAUUCUCUGGUGGACACAUGGAAGAGGUCCUUCUUCUUCAGGCCCGUGGAUCCCCAGCUGAGGGAGGAGCUCAAGAGGCUGAGCCUGGUGGUGAUCACCGGCACCACCCUGCUCCACAAACCCAUCGUUCCGCUGCCGCCGCCACGUCCACCGUCGCCCCAACAAGCGGGGAGUCCAGAGGCAUGGUGGCGCAAGUACGCGGACCCGUCGGCGCGCCUGACCGACGACGAGCGGGCGUUCCUGGAGAUGGACGUCGACACGGCGCCGCCCUUCCGCUACACCGACCUGGUCACAGGCAACGUGUCUCUGCACAGGUUCUGUCAAGCCGGGAGCUCGUCGUCGGCCUGCGCCGCUGCCGUGUCCACAGGGAGAGCGAGCGGCAGCGCUGCACCGCCUCCGGGUCCGGGAGCAUUUGCGGUGCAGCCGGGCGGCUGGCGUUCUUGCCGCAAGGCUGCGAGCGCGAUGGCUCCCCAGCCCAGCUACGCGCGCGGCGGCGGGCGCAGCGGUAUACUCCAUGGCAUGAAGUGACCGAUCCACCCCCUGCCCUCGGCGCUGGGCAGGGCUUGCUGCAGCUCUGUGGACUGUGGUGUAAUUCAGCUCUGAGCCUCUGACUCUGAGAAUGAAGAUGAUGCGGAAUUGCGGACAUACUCUGACAGUCUCAUGUACCAGUACUCGAUCCAUCUCAGCAUUUAGACCUGGAUAAUAUCGAUACUAGCGACAUUCCGUAGUGUAAUGCUUGUGAUUGGUUUAAGAUUUGGAGUUGACUAGAGAACUAAAUGCUUUACUUCAGAGGAUUUUGGUGGUGAAUGGUGAUCAGCUGCGUACUCUGCAAUCUUCAUAUACCAUUUGUUUG